UUCUCGAGAUCGCAGCCGUCCAAUGACUGUGUGAUCCAACGGUUAAGAUGGAAAGAGAGUCGUCAUUUGAAGAUCUGAACCGUUCUCUUUUGCACAGAAUAAAGAAGAUAUAGGAGGGAGAGGAUUGUUAGUUCAUCGGGAGAGAGAGGAUUUAUAGUGAGAAUCAGGCAGUCAGUUGAUGGGAGGUUAGCGUUGCAUGAAUGGAUAAUUCGAGGGAAGCUCGAAGAUCAUCAUCGACCACCUCCAUGGCUGCUUCAAAUGGAGUAACAAAACGGAGACAAAGAUUCUCAGAGAGUAGUGGUGGGCAGGAGGGGAGAGAUCCGGAGUCGGUGAAUCGGAGUAAGAGGAGACGGAGUGAAAGGUUCGCGCGGAGAGAUGUAGAAGAAGAUAGCUCGGAUGAGAGUAUGGGAGAGGAUGACGACGACGUAAAGCAUAGUUAUCGAAGGAAGAGCUUCCCGGCAAGUCGUAUCGCCGAUGGAAUGAUCGGCGUACCCGUCCCAAGAAAGGCUCGUUCAGCAUGUAUAAAGAGGUCGCAUGACUGCCGGACAUCGUCGGGAAGCGGUGGUGGCGGAUUUGGAGAAGACCGCCGAGGAUCUCCGGGCUUCGAAGUUGCCUCACCCUCUUCUUCUACUGUUUCCGUCAAGCAGAAGAACAAGUUUCCCCGUUGCGGACCCAAAUCCGGGAUACCGAAGCCACCUAAAUCCUCCGGUGCGAUGGAAGACGACUUGGAGAUUGAGAUAGCUGAGGUUCUAUCCGGACUGAAGCAACAACACCCUCACCGCUCUAAGAUACAAGACGAAUCGGAGAAUCCCCUUUUAUCAUCGGAGGUUAAAGAUUUGAAAACGGAAGUUGGUGAUGAUUCUUCCCAAGGUUGUAAAGCUGAGCACUCACCCAACAUUGAUAAGUCCACUAACGGAGUAACAUCGUCUCCACUCCCCGAUGUUCACAAGGAGAAACAAGUCAGACAAGAAACCCCCAGCGUGUUGGAAGAUUCUGUCGCAUCAAAAGGGGUAUUGGAGGGUUCACAACUGGAAAACUAUAGAGACGAGAGGAGUCAUUCUGCUAGUAAGCUCCAGAUUGAUCUCAUGGUUCCUCCAACAGCUCCUUCCUCGUCAGAAAGCCUUUCUCUUCUUCCUUUGUCCUCUCAUUCUAUUGCUGCCAAAGAUUGUUGCAAGCAAGAUGGUUCGGUCAAGAGCAAAGAGAAGAUUGUUGUCGAGAAAAGCGAAUGCUUGAAUCUUGGUCUGGAGAGACUGAGCCAAGAGACCACCGGCAGAGAUUCUAGCCUUAGAUUACAUAAUUUGGAUCGGAGCCAACCUCAGCCGGCUAAAUCUGCUCAGCAGAGUUCAGUCUUACCUUUGGCUGCAGCUGUAGGAGGCUUGCCUAGUGGCCUUCCUCAUCAGGGCAUUGGCAGAUACGUUCCAUUGAUGCAGAAGGGUAAACCUGUGGAUGGUGAAUCUUACACAUGUGCGCAGGGUGCUUCAUUUUCUGCUUCUCAGCCUAGGCCUAAAAGGUGCGCCACACACUUUUUCAUUGCCCGGAAUAUUCAGCUACAUCAGCACUUUGUCAAAUCAAACCAUCUUCCUCAGCCAAACAAAGAUUCUGUUUAUCUGAAUGGUGGUGACUUGAGGGCAACCGCUGGAAACCCAUCCUUGGUAGGAAGCCCUCCUAUUCUCAGUUUAAACUCACAGGCACAAGACAGAUUCGUGGUUAAAGCCUCUGAAAGUGGUCAUUUUGCUUCAACCAGACAGAGAAAACCUCAACCACCCUCUGCAUCUAGUAGUAUAGUGCCUGCUCAAGCUUUCAUCUUCCCAACAAACCACCAUUUGCAACCGGUCAUUUCACCUUCGAAGUCAUCUCGUCCAACAAAUAAUAGUCCGUGUGUGGCUGUCGGUACAGCAUCUGUUAAUUUUAACCAUCCAAGUUCAUCAGCCUGCGAAGCUUCUUCUCCAUACUUUACAGUUCUUCCGAACAGUGCAUAUUCCUUUCAACUGUCUUCAACCAUCAGAGAUGGGACUCCAAGCCAAGCGUUGCCUUUCUUCAAUGGGUCCUUUUAUUCGCCGCAAAUGUUCCAACCUUCCCAGGUUCUGCAGAAUCAGACUCAAGGCCAGAGAGAGCCAAAGGCAGCAAGCUGUUCCUCAUCAUCCCAUAGGCAACUACAACCGCAAGUUAGUGUGAAUAGCGUUUCAAGCCAAGCUAAUGUUCAGAAACACCGUCAACAAUCUCAAAAGUCUGAGGCCAAAUCUGCUGGAGAUAACUCAGAUUCAAGGGGCAGCCAUACUCAUAAAGGAGGGCCAUAUGGCCAGAUCAUGACUGCUCCUAUGCACCCACAAAACUUUUCCAUGUCAUUUGCCUCUUCCGCCGGUGGUUCUGCCCCUGCAAAUCUGAAUUUCUCUACCAAUGGCUACCAGUUCGUAUCUGCAGCUCCCGUUGUUCACCACAAAAAACAUCAGGCAGGUGACUCAAAGACUGGAGGUGGAAGCUGUUCAAGUCAUGCCGAGGACCAGAAAAAGACUCUUACUGGGAGGACUCCAGCUAUGAAUGGACAGACGCUGGUUUUUGACAAUCCAUCGAGAACCCUCAACUUUGUUUCUGGUACUUGGCCUCCUCCUGCAGCCACAACGAUGAGUGGAGAUCCUUCAGUGUUUACCCAUCAUCUUACGCAGAGGCAGCAUCAUUCUGGUCGGAGUAAAACGAUGACUCAUUCUCAGGCCGACUCUGUUACCGCCAAGUCAUCUCAGCGGAAAAACCCUGCAACCUCAUCACUCACGUCUUGCAAUUCCUUAGACCUCGAGCAGUUCCAGUCUCAGCAGCAGAUAAGAACACACGGACAGACUCAGAUUUCUUUUGAAGCACCAUCAAAGUCGCAACAGAAAAGAUCUGGUGGUGGCUCUUCUUCUGCAGUCACAGGGUCUGCUCCACAUGAAAAAGCAGCAAAACCAAAGGUCAACAACAGCAAAGCCUUGCCGUUAUCACCUGUUCCUUCUUCAGCUGCACACGCACAGGACCCGGCAGAGAAUUCAGCUUCUGGCUCGACCCAAAAAAGCUCUCCAGUUUGUGGGAGGAACGUGCCACCAAUCAUAACUUCUUGCCCUGGUCACCUUUCUGAGCUAAAGUACUAGUUUCAUCGAAGCUGGACGUAUGAAGUGGCCAUUUUUGCAGUGUCUAGCUUCUGAAUUAAGCUAAUAUAUAACACCCAGAUGAGGUAACAAUACAGUGCCUCUACCUAGGGUCGGUAUCUUCUUAUAAGGUUUAUCUAGAUUGUUUAAUGUAUUUUAUGGGGUAGUCGAUUUUCUUUCUUUAUGAUCGGUGUAGUGUACAUUCCAUAGACUUAACAAAACCUUCAAGCAAUUUAUUUCAUUGAAAA